GGUACAGUUUGCAGAAAAGGUGGGAGCACUGACCACCGAUGGAUCCGCUGGAUUUCCUGGAGCCUGAGGAAUUGCUGCGCUUCUUCCAUUGCAAUAAACAGAAAUUUCUUGCAUGGAAAACCCGCAACAUCUUUCUCUGCAAGCUCAGGGAUUACAACCUGAUUCAGGAAGACAGUUUCAAGAAGGUGAGUCGCAAGAAGAAAAAGAAAACACGGAGCGGGGGCCUUUAUGAAAUCCUAGACUGGUUUGAGAGAGAGCGAUCACAGCACAUCAAGCUGUUGAAGUGUGCCUUCAAGGAAACUAUCCUGAGCUACAACCCCAAACUGCAAAUGCUGCGCAACAGCCUCAUGGACGGGUCUUUCCAUUUUGACACACAAUACCUGAAACAGUGGAAAUGGGAAGAAAGAGACAAAAGUGAAAGCACUGAAUGUUCAGAAGAUGAGGAGAAGGCAAGAAAACUCAGUGAAAAGAAGAGGAAGCAUAGACGCAAGAGCAUUUGUAAUGAGGAGGAUGAGCAGCCUGGUCCAUCAGGCCAUUCUACCCCGAGUAGGAAGAAGUUCAAGAAAAUAUGUUCUGACCCAGCUCCUCCCAUGAAGAAGGGAGCGAAGGAUGACAUUUGGACCUGGCCCCUUUAUAAGUCCCAGCUGCCAGUGAAAUGUGGAACAAAGGAGGGAACACUACAAAGAGACAAACUGGCUAAAGGAGAGAAAUGUAUUCUGGUUGAUAAGAAGUGGCUUACUCCAGGUGAAUUUGAGAGGUUUGCAGGGAAGAAGACCACGAAGAACUGGAAGCUGAGCAUUCAAUGGGAGCACCCCCUGGGAAAACUUAUAAAGGAAGGUCACCUGAAAUCAGUGAGCUACAAACGAGGAAAUAAAAAAGCCAAGAAAUCCUUGUUCCCACUUGGAGAUUUAACCACAGAGUCUGAGGGUGAAGAUGAAGAAAAAGAUGAAGAGGGUAACCUGGAAGACCAGAUUUCAUCAAGUGAUGAAUGUGUCACAGAUGAAGAAGAAGCAGAAGAACAGACCAUGUUGCAGCCAGAAGCCAGUCUUUCCAAAGCCAAAGUGUUCAAAGUUACAUGUGGCCGUUUAGCUGGGACAUUACACAAAAACGUUUUGCAUCAGGGACAGCUGGAAAGCAUUCGUACUGAGACAAGCUGGAUGACCCCAAUUGAGUUUUGCAAAGCAUCGUGUCUGACAAUGUCUGCUGGAAAGAAAGACAUCGUGUGGGAUGGAAAACCUCUCACUGUUCUCAUUGAGGCAAAGAUCUUGAAGAUCCAUUCACUUCUGUGUAACUGCCAAAUGUGUAAACCAGACCCUAAAGACCUGGAGAAUCAGAACAAUGAUGACGAGUGUUGCAUCUGUAAAACGGAAAAAGAACAAGAGCUGGUCGAGUGCGAUGAAUGCCCUCGAUCCUUCCACCUAAAGUGCCACCUGCCUCAUGUAGAUGACGCAGUUUUGAGCGAUGACAGUUCCUGGUGGUGCACAUUCUGCGUUUUUAGAACCAAUCACGUAUGCUAUGACAAGCUGGAAACGAAUGCAAUCAUGUUGCGCCAAAUAUCUCAACACAUGAUGCAAUGCCAGUAUCUCACCCUGUGUCUGCGCAGUGCUGAUGAGGAGCAAAUGUUUUCUACAAACCCAGCGCACUAUCUGAAAAACUACACUGCUUCUGUUAAGACGCCGAUGUGGCUGGGCAAAGUGACAGAGAAACUCCAGCACAAUCAGUACCAAACUAUUGGCGAGUUUGUUUCUGAUGUCCAACUCAUUUUCGCCAACUGUGCAACAUACAACCGGAAAAAUCCUGAAAUCCUUGCGAUCGGUGACCAACUGAAGCAGUUAUUUGACAGCGAAUUUAAGAAGGCUUUCAACAUCCAAGAAGAGUGACCUCAAAACAGCGUGAAUGUUUUAAACUCUUCAAAUCUGCGAAAAGGUUUUUAAAUAAUGACAUACACGUGUUACAGCUUUUUAGUAGAAUGUAAAUAAUGGUUAAAAAAAAAAAAACUGAAAUCACUGUUUAUCAAGAGAAUGCACAAUGUCAUUAAAUUCAAGCAUUAACAUACAUUUUGAAAAUGAACUACAGCAUACCAAGUGUUCGUGUACAGACAAAUAAUAGCAGAGCCAUUAUGGGAUAUUGCUCAUCAUAUCACAACACAUUACAGUACAAUAUUAAAUGGAGUCCUUCUAUUGGCUACUUUGUUUACAUAUAAAUGCUACACUGAAUUGCACACAAACAUAAAUGCCCACGAGUUUAUUGUAAUUAAUGAUUUUCUUCAGUGCACUAAGGACAAAAAGAGCUCUAGGUAUAUUUAAAAGUUAAGUUAAAAUAAACUGGGAUAAUUUUUGUAUGAACUUUUUUAAUGUUUACUUUGUUGCACACAUAAUUCAUAUCAGAUAUAUGAUUAAAACCUGAAUGUAUUAGUCCACAGAGGAUAACUAUGUCAUUACAGUUUAAUUAAUUUGCUGU